AUGUUGAGUAGCUGUGCAGCUUGGGUGUUAAGGGUGGGUAUGGUCCUGAAAGAGUUGGUUUCGAUAGGGUUGGGUGGCAGUGAUGGAGUGGGGUGCGUGUUGCUAUGCCCUAUUGUUUUAAAGAUGGAAUUAUCGAGGUUAGUAUUUUGUAUGUAUCCAGGAUGUUGGGUUGGAGGUAACAGGCAUGUUGUCGGUCCAAAUUAUGAGCUUGUUUCUUUCCCACAUUGGGGCGAAGGUGCCGGUAAAGUAGUUGCGGUAUACUGCCCCUCCGCCUAUGUUGGAUGCGUCCGUGAAGAGGUUGAGGGUGAUUGGUGCCGUGGCGAAAGCCUUGAAGAAUUUGAUCGACAGGGUGAACAGAAAGGAUUCUCACCCGUUGCCGAAGUGGUUGAUCCAACGUAUGGCGUGGUUUACGUUUUCAUACUUCGUGGAGAACUUGAGUUUGUCGAUUCUGUCAUUUAUACUGUUUUCUGGGGAAGAAGACAGGUUGCAAGGAGGGUUGUCUAUGUGAAAUGGGCCUCAAAUGCGUUUGUUGCUGAUGAAUGGCCAGUUGGGAUGCAUUUGUGUAAGAAGGUUAAGAGCUUGGAUGUUUAUAGGCAUUUGGAUAUUAAAAUGCACGGAGUCGAGUUGCCGAA